UUUAUAUCAUACAACGCUCUCCCGCCCUAUCCCCGCCUUUCUUUAUGUCAAUUUUCCUCUAACACCCCCCGCCUACUUACUUGUCUCACUAGUGCCGACCUGUGGUAAUUCCUCAGUCUUUCAGUCUAGGUUGGUUAGCAUCUCACAAACACGAAAACUUUUUCCGUAGCAAGAACACUUAGAAAAACACAUUAUUUCAAUGCAUGCAUUCAUGUGCCCUCACUCACGCGGGCACAUAAACUGUUAGCAUACGCACACACUAGGAUAAAUACAUAUACACACACGCACUAACACAUACAAACAUAGAGGGUGUACAUAUCUUUAUAUAAAUACAUACAGGGAUUAGAUUUUUAAGGGAUUAUUACAAACUAUUUAACGGAGAAAAUAUAGAUAGAUACAGAUUUAUGAAAAAGUUACAUGAAACCAACAAGACAUCAACUGUCUUCCACUGAUAAAUUAAACAGCAUUUCUAUCUUCGGAUAUGAAGGAUUUCUAGGAAGAUUCUGUGCGGUCAUUUUGUACGGAUAUUGAACUGGGCGAAAGGCCAAGGAGGCCUAAAGUGCAAAACAUUCACCUUAAGAGAUGUCCAGCCAGACAGUCUUAUUAUUACUUUUAUUAAUAGGAAUCGGACUUACACAUUCGAUCAACCUCGACAAAGACUUUGAAUUUGAUGAUCAUGAUCCCUUUUUAAUGAGUGAUGCGAGAUCAAGAACUUUUGUAGAUGAUGAAGAUGACGUUGAUGGCUCUGGUGAUGAAGUUAGUGGUGACGGAUCCUCUGUAAAUAGAAAUUAUCCAGAUUUUUACCGGAUAACAUUCAAAGUACUAUACCUUAGGGAUUUACAUGGAUUACAAAAUACAUCUAGCCUACACUACCGUCGUAUUUCAGAACAGAUCCAAACAUUUGUAUCUCAGCUCUACAACAACAAAGUUCGUGUCAACAUUAUUGGCUAUACAGUCUCUAAUCGAAAUGCCUAUGUUUCCAUGGAUUUAGGCACAAGUGAACUCACCAAUGCAAAAGAAAUCAAAAACACACUCUAUUCAGAACUUUCAAGAGGUCGACUUGGAAACUUUACUGUGUCCACAGAAAAUUUUAGUUUCAAUGCACUUGGAGAUAUAUAUUGUCCACAGAAAGUUGGUCGUCAACCUGCUGAACUGACAUGGACUGGGCCAAAUCUCGCUCACCUCAUGGUGAACAACCUGUUCCCUUGUGACGGAUAUGUCACCAAAUGGGCGUAUUAUGUUGCUGUCCCCACCAAAGAGUUCGCUGCUUCCAUAUGGCGUCCAGUUGAUGAGUUUAAAUUCUAUCUCUUACACAAACAACUGAUGCCAGCUACAAAAGUUGGAUUCAACGAAUUUACCUUACCAACUCCAGUCCUUGUUGAAAAGGGAGACUUCAUUGGCCUUCACUAUCCAAGAGCUGCUAAACAGGGAGCAAUUGGUGGGUCAACGAGUGGUCGUAGUGACACACCUGCUGCCGAGUUAUACGAAGCCUAUUCUGGAGAACUGUUUGAAGAACUUAUGACACCUCACGCUGAAUUUGACAUGAAAUGGCUUGGUUUCCAGAAAGGCCAAAAAACAUUUUCUAUUCAAGCUAUCAUGGAUUAUACUGGCAUUGAGGGCCCUCACGUGCCACAGCCUGGGUCAUGUUCUCCUGAUGAAUUCAAGUGUCGUAAUGGUGCUUGUAUUCAACUGAGAUACUACUGUGAUCAUGAACUUGACUGUUCUGAUGGAUCUGAUGAAGAAAACUGCCCAACUCGUUGCAGGGAAGAUGAAUUUAGAUGUAGGAAUGGAGACUGCAUCCCAUACACAAAGUUCUGCAAUGAUGUAUAUGAUUGUGCUGAUGGAAGUGAUGAGGAGUGUCCUAAAACUUGUGGUGCUCAUGAAUUUAGGUGUAAUGAUGGAUCUUGUAUCAAAAUCUCCCAGCGGUGCAAUAGAAAAAAUGACUGUUCUGAUGGAUCAGAUGAAACAGGUUGCGCAACCACUCCAUGUCGUCGUGAUCAGUUUAGAUGUGAAGAGGGUCACUGUAUUGAUGGCCGUUUUCGAUGUGAUGGAAUCAACCAUUGUCCUCUCAAUACUGAUGAACUUGAUUGUCCAAACCGCACUUGUGCUGCAAAUGAAUUCUCCUGCAAAGUUGGCCCAUGUAUUGCAAUAAGUUUGGUCUGUGAUAACAAAAGGGAUUGUGAAGAUAGAUCUGAUGAAACUCCAGAUGCCUGUGCCUCAGUAUGCAAACCAGGUGGUUUCAGAUGUCGUGAUGGAAGCUGUAUUGACGAGUCCUUCCACUGUGAUCGUGUACCUCAAUGCCGAGAUGGCUCUGAUGAGAUUAACUGUGGUACUCAAUGUUUAUCUGGAGAGUUCCAUUGUAAAACUGGAGAAUGUAUUCAAGGUGCUAAAAAGUGUGAUGGUCGUGCAGAUUGCUGGGAUAGUUCUGAUGAAGAAAAUUGCCUAUUCUGCAAGAAACGAGAUGAAUUCCUAUGCCGUGAGGGAACUGUGUGUCUUCAUAUUUCUCAAGUCUGUGAUGAAGUCAUUGACUGUCCGGACAGUAGUGAUGAGACAAAUUGUCGUUCCACAGUUUGUACUGCUAACCAGUUCCAGUGUGAUGGCCGCUGCUUAGACUUGUCUUUGAUAUGUAAUGGUCAAAUUGAUUGUAGAAAUGGGUUUGAUGAGUCAGAAUGUUCAGAAUGUAAUGAACAACAGUUUACAUGCAGAAAUGGUGACUGCAUUCAAAAAUCAGCAGUUUGCAAUGGAAGACAAGACUGCCGUGAUGGUUCUGAUGAACAGGACUGCGGAUGUGGUGAGGGACAGUUUUCAUGCAGAAAUGGACAGUGCAUUGUAGAAUCUUUAGUUUGCAAUGGAAGACGUGACUGUUCUGAUGGAUCUGAUGAAUACAACUGCAGGUGUAAUGAGGGAGAGUUUACAUGCAGAAAUGGACAGUGCAUUGCAGAAUCUUAUGCUUGCAAUGGAAGACGUGACUGUUCUGAUGGAUCUGAUGAAUACAACUGCAAGUUUUCAACUUGUUCUCCUGAUCAGUUCACCUGCUCUAAUGGUGAGUGUAUAUCAUUAGCUAGCCGAUGCAACCGUCAAUACGAUUGCCGUGAUGGAAGUGAUGAACUCAACUGCACUACUACAAGGUGUUCAUCAAACCAAUUCCGUUGUCAUGAUGGGAGUUGUAUUCCUGCUGAAAGACGCUGUGACCGACGCUAUGAUUGCCGUGAUCGAAGUGAUGAAAGGGGCUGUGGAUGCUCAGCUGGCCAAUUCGAGUGCCAGAAUGGAUUAUGUAUCAACGAAAACAAAAUCUGUGACUCCAAUGACGACUGUGGAGAUCAGUCAGAUGAAAUAGACUGCAUAUCAACAGUUACUGUCAGAAUAAACCCACCUAAUAUCAGGGUAAAAGCUGGACGUCAAGCAAUAUUUACCUGUGAUGUUCUGGAAGCAGAAGCCUCAGAAAUCAACUGGCUCAGGCAGUCUGGUAGAGCAAUUCCACCAUUGAGAAGUCACAUUGAUGGCAACAGACUUAUUAUUUAUGAAACUCAACCAUCUGAUGCUGAUGAUUAUAUCUGCAAAGCUAUUAUCCGAGGCCAGAAAUUUGCCAAGACAGCAAACCUUAUUGUAGAACUUGAUGUUCCAUUCAUAGUAACCAUCUCACCACGGUCACUUAAUGUUCGAGUGGGAGAAACUGCUUCCUUUGUAUGUAAUUUUGGUAGUGGCCACUCUGGAAGCAUACAGUGGAGCAGAAGUGACAGACAACGUUUGAGUCCACGAGCUGUUGUUCAAGGUGGUUAUUUGACCAUCAACUCCGUGACCCCUUCUGAUGCUGGAAUAUAUACUUGCAUUGGCUAUGACGACAAAGGUGGCAGAGUAUCUGAGACAGCUGAACUCAUUAUUAAGACUGAAACUACCGUUAAAGUUCAGAUCACACCACCCUCCAUCAAAGUAGUUGCAGGAUCCCGUGCAAUAUUCACCUGUGGUGUACCAGGAACUCGUCCUUCAAGUAUAGAAUGGAGAAGAAAAUCUGGAAGUCCAAUUCCUUCAGGAAGAACCUCAGUUGAUGACAGCCGUCUUGUCAUCUAUGAUACUGAAAUGACCGACACUGAUGACUAUAUCUGUGAAGCAACCAUUCGAGGUCAAAAGUUCACUGGUUCAGCCAGCCUAAUUAUUGAAUUUGUUGUACCAUUCCUUGUGACUGUCAAUCCACGAUCUUUGAAUAUUAGACAAGGAGAAACUGCCAAAUUUAUGUGUCAGAUAGGAGCAGGUUAUACUGGAUCCAUGGUGUGGAGUAGAAGACCAGCUCAGCCUCUCAGCUCUCGUACUACACAAUCAGAAGGUGUUUUGAUGAUUAACUCAGCAACAGCCGAUGACAGUGGUGAAUAUAUUUGUACAGGACAUGGACCAGAAGGUCGAACAACAACGUCAUCAGUCCAGUUGGUCGUUGAACGAAGCUCAUCAUAUACAAUCAACAUCAACCCACCAAGUAUCAAUGUGCGUGCAGGAUCUCGAGCAAUUUUCACCUGUGAUGUUGUGGAAGCACGUCCCUCAGAAGUCAUUUGGUCAAGAGAGACAGGAUUGCCUAUUGCUGGAUCGAGGAGCUCUAUAGAACGAAACCGUCUUGUUAUUUUUGACACUGUACCAGAAGAUUCAGAUAACUAUAUAUGCACAGUCACAGUUCAUGGCCAAAGGUUUACCAACAGUGCUAAAUUAACUGUUGAAUCCGCUGAACGUUUGUCUGUCUCUAUCCAACCAUAUCAGUUGACUGUUGAUGCUGGAGAAAACGCAAAGUUCAUGUGUCAAAUCGAAGGAGGACGCAGUGGAACUUUACAGUGGACAAGAAACAACAAUCGACCAUUGAGUUCUCGAACCACAUCUCAAGAUGGUAUUCUGAUGAUCAAUUCAGUCACCAUCGAUGAUGCUGGAGUAUAUGCUUGUACAGCAUAUGGUGAUUCUGGAAGAGCUUCUAAAACUGUAGAAUUGGUAGUUGUACCAGGUCCGAGUAUAAUUGUUACAGUAGACCCUGAAACACUGACUGUCCGUGCUGGACAAUCAGCCAAAUUUGUGUGUGAUGUCCAAGAUGGCAGUGUUAACACCUUGCAGUGGACCAGAGGCGGAAGACUACUUACAGAUUCUCGAAUCACAUCAGAUGAAGGUCUCUUAAUGAUUAACUAUGUGACUUUGGAAGAUGCAGGAAAAUAUGUCUGUACAGUUGCAAGCUUAGAAGGUAUUGCAACAAAAGCAGCUGAAUUGAUUGUCCAGCCAGAUUCACGGUAUAUAGUUGAGAUCAAUCCAUCCAUUCUCAGAGUGCGUACAGGUUCACGUGCUGUGUUUACAUGUGAUGUCAUUGGUGUUCGUGUAGCACAAGUCAAGUGGUCCAGACGAUCAGGGAAACCAAUAUCUCGUAAAGCUUCCAUCAGUGGCAACCGUUUAGAUAUUUAUGAUAUUGAACCUGCAGAUGCUGAUGACUAUGUAUGUGAAGUGAACAUUGGAGGAGAAAAGUUGAUCAAGGUAGCAAACCUUGGUGUAGAUCUGCUUAUCCCAUUUGUUGUCACUGUCAACCCACGAACUCUGACUAUCCGAGAAGGUGACCCAGCUAAAUUCAUGUGCCAGAUUAGUGCUGGACACUCAGGAACCAUACAAUGGACCAGAAGUGAAAGGCGAGCUCUGGGACCAAGGACUUCAUCUAUUGAUGGUAUUCUCAUGAUCAAUGCAGUAACUGAGAAUGAUGCCGGCGAAUAUGUAUGCAAUGCCUUUGGUGACAGCGGAAGGGCAUCCGAGACCGUCCGAUUGAUUAUAGACACCCAGAUUGGACCAGAUCCAGGCCGCCCUGAAGGACCUUGUCGUCAUACUGAAGCCACAUGUAACAAUGGUCAGUGUAUACCCAAAGAUUUCCGUUGUGAUGGUGAAACAGACUGUGCAGAUGGUUCUGAUGAAUUUAGCUGCAGUCAGCCACUUCCAUGUGAACCCAAUGAAUUUAAAUGUCGAAACGGUCAUUGUGCUAUGAAAAUCUGGCGUUGUGAUGGCGACAAUGAUUGUGGAGAUGGUUCUGAUGAAGAAAAUUGCCCAACUGGUCCUCCAGGAUCUACCUGCGAUAUGGAUGAAUUCAAAUGCAUUGCCAGAAACCAGUGUAUUCCAUCCAGCUACCAAUGUGAUGGGGAAAAUGACUGCUUGGAUCGUUCUGAUGAAAUUGGCUGCAGUUCUCCAGUGAUUGUUUCACCUCCAAUUAAGGACAUUGAAGUUGAAAUUGGUGGAACAUUCACAAUUGUCUGCAAAGCUGUUGGAGUUCCAGUACCUCUCAUCAUAUGGCGUCUAAACUGGGGCAAUAUUCCUAAAGGAAGUCGAGUGGUCACAACAAGUCAUAAUGGUCAUGGUAUUUUAACAAUCUCUGAUGCAAGGCUUGAAGAUGCUGGAGCGUACACAUGUGAAGCUAUGAACAACAGAGGAAGCAUUUUUGCCUUACCUGAUGCUAUUGUUGUGGUCAGGAGACAGAAAGGUGUUUGUCUUCCACCAUUCUUCAAUGACAUUGCCGUUUCCAGAGAGGAAUGUAUGAGCUGCUUCUGCUUCAAGCGAUCAAUCCGUUGCAACAGCAGCAACCUGAAGAAAGUUUGGAUCACCAUGGGUAGCAAUUUGAAGCUUGUGAAGCGUCGUGGAGACACAGUCCCAGAAGAUGUUAGUGAUUCAUUGGUUUCUUAUGAUUUCGGCAAGCGAGAAUUUAGCAUUCCAGGCAACCGCUUUAUUCCAUCUGGUGUCUACUACUUCAGCCUUCCCCGUCAAUAUUUGGGAAAUAAGUUGACCAGUUAUGGUGGUGAUUUACAAUACAAGAUGUAUUUUGACAGAAAUGGAGCCCCAUCUAGAAUUGAAGAACCAGAUAUUAUCUUAAUGGGUAGUGACUUGACAAUUUUCUACAGAGUUUCAAAGAAUCUCAACCCAGGUCGUGAAAACUCAAUCAGAGUACCAAUGCUUGAGAACUCCUGGAGAAAAGACCCAGGAACUGGUUCUGGUUCUUUUGCAUCAGAUGCUGUUACUCGUGAAGAAUUCCUGGAAGUUUUGUCCAACCUUACUAGCAUCUUUGUGAAAGCAACAGUUGACAGUGGCCAAACACAAGUCCGUAUAAGUGGUAUUGUAAUGCACAUGGCACGAGAACAAGGUACUGGAGACCGAGCUGUAUUUGUGGAAGAAUGUAAUUGCCCAACUGGUUAUGAUGGCUAUUCUUGUGAGAGAUGUUCUAAAGGAUACUACAAGACCAACCAGGGUAAAUAUGGUAGCUGUGUUCCUUGCAACUGUAAUGGCUUUUCCAAUGACUGCGAUCCAGUUACAGGAGAAUGUAUUGAUUGUCAAAGGAAUACAGGUGGUGCCCGCUGCGACAGGUGUGAAGAAAGUUAUUAUGGCGAUCCUCUGCGAGGAAUUGAAUGCCGACUCUGCCCAUGUCCUCUUACCUCAGGACCUAACCAGUUUACCAAGAAAUGUAAACUCAACCCUGAUGGUAGCAUUGAAUGUAUUGGCUGCCCUGAGGGACAUAUUGGUAAACAGUGUGAGAAAUGUGCCGAUGAAUAUGUUGGUGAUCCAACCAAACCAGGAAAUUACUGUCGACGCUUUGAUGAAUCAUGUGAUUUGAGAGGAAGUUUCUCCAGAGAUCCAGAUUUAACAACAGAGAAAUGUACCUGUAAGGCCAAUACCAAGGGUGAGAGUUGUAACAAAUGUAUUCGAGGCUCUUUCUACCUAUCAAAGCACAAUCCAGAAGGUUGCAUUUCUUGUUUCUGUAUGGGUGUAACUGAAUUCUGUACAAGUACCUCCAGAACAAGGACUCAAGUGGGUUAUCCAUUUAACAGCGAUCGAGCAGGUUUCUCCUUAUCUGAAAUGCACACACCCUCAACAUUGAUUACAACAGGAUUUAGUGUCAAUGCUAACAAAGACCUCAUAUAUCGCAACUUCUACAGUCAACCUGAAGGUGUUUACUAUUGGACACUACCCAGCCAGUAUUUAGGAAACAAGCUCACUUCAUAUGGAGGAUAUCUGCGUUUUACCAUCAAUUACCUGCCAGGUAUCAACACAUCUCCAACUGGUGGCCAUGACAUUGAAAUCUCAGGUAAUGAUGUGACAUUGAAGUAUACAUUUAAAAAACCAGUUGAACCUGAUCAACAUAUGUCAUUUGAAGUCCCUAUAUAUGAACAACACUGGGAACGUAUAAAUGGUGGCCCUACAACUAGGGAAUAUCUUUUGAUGGCUCUGGCUGAUUUAAAAAGAAUAAGAAUCAAAGCAACAUAUAGUGUGAACACUAACCUUGCUAGCAUCAAAGAUAUAACACUUGAUGUUGCUGAAAGGAGAUUUGCUGGAGAAAGAGCUUAUGCUGUUGAAGAGUGUAGUUGCCCCACUGGUUACCGAGGACUUUCUUGUGAGUCUUGUGAUGUUGGCUACAUGCGAACUGUACAAGGUCUUUACCUUGGACUGUGUGAAGAAUGUCGCUGCAAUGGUCACUCUUCAGAGUGCGAUCCAGUCACAGGUGCAUGCAGGAAUUGCAAACAUAACACAGAAGGAGAUCACUGUAACCGCUGUGCUCCAGGUUAUUAUGGAAAUGCAAGCAAGGGAUCCAUCAAUGAUUGCCAGAAAUGUCCUUGUCCUUUGACUGACCGACCAAACCAGUUCAGUCCAACAUGUAUUUUGGGCAGAGAUGGUCAAGUUACCUGCACAGCCUGUCCUCCUGGUCAUGCAGGACGCCGAUGUGAGAGAUGUCUGCCUGGCUAUGAGGGCAACCCCAUGGCUCCUGGAGAUUUCUGUAAAACACGCAAUACCACAAGCUGUAUGUGUGAUCCACGUGGAACUGUACAGAACACACAAUGUGAUGCCAAUACUAAACAAUGUAGAUGUAAGGCAUUUGUACAGAGGACAAAGUGUAACGCUUGUAAACCAAACUACUUCUAUUUGAGUGAAGACAACCCACAAGGAUGUCUGUCCUGCUACUGUAUGGGCAUUACCAACAAGUGUUCCAGCUCUAACUUCAACCGAAUGGAGUUAAAACCAUCAUUUGAUCGUCAAGAUUCUCAUGGUAUUGUUUUAACCAACCGUGCUAUGUCUCGCAAUGUUGUGGACGGUUUUAGGGUCAGUGCACGAAAGAAGGAAAUCACAUUUGAUUCAUUUGAUGCUGUUCAACGAGAAAGAGAAAGCUUGUAUUUUUCACUGCCACCAAAAUUCAGAGGAGACAAGGUGACAUCUUAUGGUGGUUAUCUGAAGUUCACAUUGGAAUUCUCAGUUGAUGACGGUCGUGGAAAUUUCUUCAGAGAAACAGAUGUUGAAAUCAUUACUAAUGGCCAGCGUCUCUAUUAUUUGUUCAACCCAUCAGCUAGAGCAUCAACAGCACAGAACUAUGAAAUUCUGCUGACUGAAAAAUCGUUCCAUAUGUUCGAUGGUUCCAUUCCAUCCCGAGAAGUCUUCUUGUCUGCUCUUGCCAACGUUGAUGCCAUCUUGAUCAGAGCAACCUACCACACUAAAAUGAAUGUUAUCAGCUUACGUGAUUUGACCAUGGAAACUGCUGUACCAGAAGCUACUGGACUUGGCCGUGCUCCUAUGGUAGAGUUAUGUGAAUGUCCUCAAGGUUACACAGGCGUUUCCUGCCAAGAAUGUUCUCCUGGUUAUUCUAGAGUUCAAAAAGAAGGCACUGCAUUGGGCCGUUGUGUCAUGUGCAACUGCAAUAAGCAUUCCUCAACAUGUGAUCCACAGACAGGAAAAUGUGUAAACUGUCAACACAAUACAUUAGGUGAUAGAUGUGAAACCUGUAAACCUGGCUUUUAUGGUGAUGCUACAUUUGGCACCUCCAGUGACUGUCGACCAUGUGCUUGCCCUCUGACCCUACCAUCAAACAACUUCUCUCCAACAUGCUACUUGGCUCCAGAUAGUCAGAUAACCUGUGAAAACUGUCGUCGUGGCUAUACAGGACGUGACUGUGGUGUGUGUGCUCCUGGAUUCACAGGCAACCCGAGAGAACCCAGAGGAUACUGUAGAGAACGAGAUGAUAGCUUGAGUCCUCAAGUAACCGUAAGUCCUCUCCGUAGCAGUGAAGUGAUAGGACAAGUUGCAGUCUUCCACUGUCGAGUCACAGGCCAAAGACCUAUCUCUGUUGUGUGGCGAAAGGUUGAUGGCACACCACUGCCCAACAGAGCAGAGCAGAAUGAUGAGCAUGACUUGAUCAUCAAUAACAUUGCACCUUCAGACAGUGGACGCUAUGUUUGUACAGCCAACAGUAUUUAUGGAACUUCCCAACAAUAUGUCGAGCUUGUGGUCAUCAGGACUGGGUCUUUCCAGGUGCAAAUCACAGAACCAAAAGACAUAAAUGUUCGUCCAGGUAGCACUGUCCAGAUGGAAUGUACUGUGGUAGGAUCACACUCACCAGUUCUUGUGUUGUCAUGGAGUAAAGUUGACGGUAUCUUACCCACUUCAGCAUAUGAGAGUGAUGGAACUCUGACAAUCCGAAACAUCCGACCUGAAGAUGCAGGCGAAUAUACGUGCACUGGGUCUGAUCCUGGUGGCAUUGUAACAGAUACUGCUUUUAUCACUGUCACAUCAAAUACUUACCCUCCAACUGCCCAAGUUGAACCAAGGGAACAGACUGUUGUAGUUGGCCAAACUGUUGAAUUUUUAUGCACAGCAACAGGCUUUCCACAGCCAGAAUUUCAAUGGUAUAAAAAUGGUCAGCUUAUUUCCCGAGGACCAGUUCUAACUCUCACAUCAGUUUCCAAAGAUGAUGAAGCACAGUAUGUUUGCGAGGCCACCAACAAAUUUGGCGCAAGCCGAGUAAAUGGAAUACUACAUGUCACAUCAAGUCGUCCAACAUUACAAAUUAUUAUCCGACAAGAAUCUGUGGUCAAAACUGUCGGAGAAAGUAUUCAGUUGGUCUGUUAUGUUGAGCAACGUGGUAAUCUGAUCAAUUUAGUAUGGAGCAAGCAAAAUGGACAACUACCAGCAAAAUCUUCUCAGAGGAAUGGUGUCCUUACAAUUCCUUUUGCGAAGUCAUCAGACUCUGGCGUGUACGUCUGUACUGGUACCAGUGAUAUUGGCAGAUCAGGAUCAAGUACUGUUGUGGUGACCAUAACUACAGAUUCAAAUGUCCGUCCAACUGCACGCAUUGAGCCAGACAGAAUGGUUACAAUCCCUCAAGGUACUACCGGCACCCUACGGUGUAUUGUGACUGGAAGCCCAUUACCAACAGUCAUAUGGACCAAAUCAAGAGGACAGUUGUCAGACCACCACCAGGUUUCGGGCAAUGUUCUGAGAAUCACAGAAACAAUGGUUGAAGACCGUGGAAUCUAUGUUUGUGAGGCCAGAAAUGUUGCUGGUUCUGUUCAGGCAUCAGUGAUUGUUGAAGUUGAAAGGAGAGAAUUGCCUGCGAUAGACCUUUAUCCAAAAGGAACCCAGAGUAUUCAGAGUGGUGGUAGUGCACUGUUCCAAUGUAGAGCAACAGCUGGAAUUCCAUCACCAACAAUCACCUGGAAACGGGUUGGUGAUGAGCCUAUGCCCAGAAAUGCCCAAAUUGCUGAAAAUGGUGUCAUCCGCUUUACCCAAGUAUCCACGCUUGAUCAAGGAGGAUAUAUAUGUACGGCCACCAAUGCUGUUGGCACUGUCACCGCUACUGCUACACUUUUGAUUAGCGGCCCACCAAAGAUUACAGUCACUCCAAGGGGUCCAAUACGUGUCAGGGAAGGAGAACGUGUCACUAUUGAAUGCGCAGCUGAAGGAGAUCCAAAACCAAAUGUCUACUGGACUGAACAAAGGGGAUAUGAUAUCAACAGAAGCCCAGGAGUAGUCCAACAUGUCGCUGUAUUGGAGAUCAACCAAGCUAAACUUUCUGAUUCUAGGCAUUAUGUGUGUAUGGCUGAGAACAGUGGAGGAAGAGCUGAAGAAAGGAUUCAAGUUAUAGUUGAAAGAAAUGAUGUCAUCACACCACCAGAGGAUAACAUUCUCAGAGUAACUGAAGGUAAAAACGUCAUUGUGAAAUGUGAAUCUCAAAAUUUUGGUGGCUCUAGAGUCACUUGGAGAAGACGAAAUGGUCCUCUUCCACCUGGACACACUACAUCUAAUGGAACACUCACCAUUCCAAAGAUUACCAAGGACUUUGAAGGCGAAUAUAUCUGUCAGACCAGCACCACCGAAGGCGUGUUUUCGAUUAGUUUCAUGAUUAUUGUUUCAGCUGCAACACGAGUGAUUAUAUCUCCUGCCAAUGUGGCAGCAAGAAUUGGUGAACCAAUGCGUCUGGUGUGUCAGGCAGAAGGUAGCGGCCCUACUACUCUUGAAUGGCAGAAGAUAAAUGGUGUUAUGUCUCCCAAUGUGCAAGAACGUGAUGGUAUCCUGCUCUUCAGAGAAGUCACUGCUGCUGAUGCUGGCCAGUACCGCUGUCUUGCAAGAAGCGCUGGUGGUGUUGCUGAAGGAAUAGUUCUUGUAAAGAUUGUUGCUCGUCCAAGUGUCAUAUUGCCAGAUGAAGAAGUUACUGCCCAGCGAGGCCACAAUGUUGUACUAAACUGUCAAGCCACUGGUAACCCACCACCAACAAUCCGUUGGGAGAGAACUGAUGGCCCAUUGCCAGCUCAACAUUACAUCAGAAAUGGUGAACUUACUAUUUAUGGUGUCCGUGAAGAAGACCAAGGUCGAUACAUGUGUAUCGCUACAAAUGAAGUUGAUACCUCCCGUGGUUAUAUCUACCUCCGUGUUGCCUCUGUCCGUCCACCGAUAACACCUCCCAAAAAUGUGCAGACUGCUGAUGUUGGUGACAAAGUUGAGUUUGACUGCAUCGUCUCUACAACUGACCCAAAUCCACAAAUUCAAUGGUCCAAAUUGGAAGGCCGUAUCUCUGACAAUGCCAUUUAUGGUAAUGGAGUACUCAUUCUGCCUAGAGUCAGAGUUGAAGAUGCUGGUACUUACAAAUGUACUUUAAGAACAACAGCUGGAGAAGUUGUUGAAACUAAGAUUUCCUUAUUUAUCAGAUCUCAACCUGUUAUUGAUGUUGAUACAAGCCGUAAUUCUGCCCCUCUGGGAACUCCCACUACCCUGGGAUGCAAUGCUGAAGGAAAUCCACAACCAUAUAUUACUUGGACCAAAGAGAAUGGAGAGUUGCCAAGUGAUCAUAGCAUUGUCGACGGAAACCUCUACAUCCCUAAAGUAGAAAAAGACGAUGCUGGAACAUACUAUUGCUCAGCCACAAAUAGGUAUGAAACUGCACGGCACCCUGUGACUCUUUCAGUUUCUGACCUUGUUCCUUAUUUCCCCCAAGAACCACAAUCCUAUAUUGAAUAUCCUCCAUUGAGAACUGCCUAUCUGGACUUUGACAUCAUUAUUUCUUUCCGUCCAAGAGUUACAGACGGAUUGAUCAUGUAUGAAGGACAAGCCACUGAAAAUGGAGACUUCAUGUGCCUAGGUCUGCGUGGACGCUAUCCAGAAUUCCGUUUCAAUGUUGGUUCUGGCCCAGCCAUCAUACGAGGAAACCAGAGUCUUGAACUUAACAAAUGGCACACUGUACGUCUGAAGAGAGACCGUAAGGAAGGUAAACUUAUUAUUGAUGGCCAACCUUUUGUUGGCACUGCACCAGGACCAUUCCAGGGACUUGACCUCAACCAACCUUUGUACCUUGGAGGUUUACCUGACUUCAAUGCCAUUCCUCAGUCCGUUGGUUUUGACAGAGGAUUUGUUGGUGGAGUGAGUCAAGUGGUAAUUGGAGGCCAGGAAUUGAACCUUGGAGGUGAUGCAACUCAAGUGGUUGGCAUCAGACAAGCAGAUGUGUGCUCUGCGUCACCUUGUUUCAAUGGUGGAACAUGUGUUCCAAAGAAUUCUGAAUAUGGUUUUGCUUGCUUCUGUCCACAGGGCUUUGCAGGUUACCAAUGUGACACUGUUGGAGAACGUUGUUUCCCAGGAGUAACAGUGAAAGACCCAUUCUUCAACAAGACCUCCUACAUUUCCUACCCAGCUAUCAAUGACGGCCACAAGGUUUUAACUAUUGACAUCCAAAUUAAACCCCACACUCUGGAUGAUGGUAUCAUUCUCUAUGAAGGUCAGCAACAGAAUGGAAAUGGAGAUUUUGUUGCCUUGCUUCUUAAAGAUCAUGGCUAUCUGGAAUUCCGAUUUGAUGUUGGAUCGGGCCCUGCUAUCAUCAGAAGUGCCGAGCCUAUCAAGGCCAAUGAAUGGGUUAAUGUUAAACUUCAUCGCAAGGACAAUGUUGGUAUGUUGCAAGUAGGUGAUAGCGCACCAGUGGAAGUGAGACCUGGGAACACAGAAAUAGUCUUGUCUCGAGGAGCCGCUGAUGAUGAAUUGCCCCGCUUGCCAAUAGAUUCUUCACCUGGAAGCCGAGUUGGCUUAAACCUGCGCCAGCCUCUGUACUUGGGUGGAAUUGACCCACAAUACAAAGUUGCUGAUGGUACAAGCAUCAGUACUGGUUUUGUCGGAUGUAUUGGAGAGCUUGAAGUCAAUGACAGAUCAAUCCAUUUGAUCAAAGAUGCCCAAGAAAGUUCCGAUAUCAUCGACUGUGGUGAAAAACGUCCCUGUGACAGGAAGCCUUGCAAGAACAACGGCCUCUGUGAAGACGUCUCUAUUAGUGAAUACAUCUGUUUCUGUGAUCCACAAUUUUCAGGACAGCGUUGUAAAUCAAAGGUUGACAUUUGCACCAAUAACCCCUGUCAAAAUGCUGGCCUCUGCUCAGUUACCGGUGCUGGUUACCGCUGUGACUGUCAACUUGGUUUCAUUGGUCUCAAUUGUGAAAAUGCAAUUCAAAUUGGUUCUGAGUUUGAACUCACUGGUAACGGCUUUGCAAUGUUCAGUUUAAAAAGGCUCCCCCAUCAGAAUGCCAAACAGAAUGAAAACGUCACUUUCACAGUUACCACUGCAGAAUCUAAAGGAUUACUAUUCUGGCAGGCAGUAGAACAUGGUAAAAAUCUUCAAAGAAAUGACUAUGUCUCAAUUUAUUUGAAGGAUGGUUAUGUUGUCUUCAGCUAUGAAUUAGGUGGUGGUCCAGCUGAAAUCAUGUCUAAUGUUACAGUCAAUGAUAGUGUGCCUCAUACAAUUACAGCUCUCAGAACUGGCCGUUUUGGUAACCUGAUUGUAGAUGGUCAACAAUUCCGAGGAACUUCAAAAGGAAUUCUUCAGAUGUUGAAUGUUAAUGGAAAUAUAUAUUUUGGUGGUGUCCCAGACCUUGAAGCAAUGACUGGUGGACUACAUGAUACUAAUUUCUUUGGUUGCAUGAAUGAUAUCUAUAUUAACAAACAGGGUCCUUUGAAACUGUCACAGGCAGCCAUUGGUGGCCUCAAUAUCAAACACUGUACCAACUCUAGGGGCUAUUGGACAUCUGCUUAAUGAAGAACUAGAAAUGCAUUUCAUCUCUCCUGCUGCUAGUUUCAACUGCACCUGAACUGUCGAUCAAAUGCGUAGUAGUGUUUUAGUCGAAAUUAUUUGGGGUUUUUGGAUGUGUUUAUUUGUUACAACACUAACUCCACUCACCCCCAUACGCUGGUCAUCACUGUUUCACUGGCUCAAAAAAAAAAUGAAUUAAUAAAGUCAAAAUCAAAAACUUAACAAAAGAACAAACCAAAAAAAUAAACAUCAAUCAACUCAUUUUGGGUUGUUAUUUAACUGAAAAAAUGUAAAAAAAAAAAAACAAAAGCGGGAGGGAGAAAAAUUUAACCCAAAAAGUCUAAAUUAAAAUAUAUAAUAAAAAAAUAAUGCAUUUCAGAGAAAUAUUUAAUUGAAAAAAAAAGAAAAAAAACUUUUACAACAUUUAGUAAAACAAAACAAUUAAAAUUGAAAUAAAAAUAAAAUGAAACAGGUAAGAACGAAGAUGCUAAUUUUUUAUAAUUAUUUUUACAUUUUUCUACUCUCAUUGUGGUCAUCUAGAUAAUUCUAGAACACCAAGACAAAGCCAGACUUGGGUAGGAGUGGAUGGGGUAGGACAACACUGUAUACUGAUGGGACAACUAAAGAUGUGACAGAAACCACACAGUAUAUAUUAAUAUCGUUAUUAUUAUUAUUAUUACUACAAUGAAAACUAACAGUUUGGAAAUUGAUUAGGAAGAAGCAUUUUCUUAUUCAAACUAUUAUAUAUAAAGGCUCCAUAUCUGCUUUGUGAUGAAAUCUCUGUCCAACAAUAAUUUGAUUUUAAUAUCAUUACCAAUUGUCCUAUUUUGGUAUCAGCCAUCCCACCUCUGACAUGAGUUAUCUCACCUUGGCUAUGAUCUUUUAUUAAAUAAGGAAAUAAACCUUUGGGAAUUUACUGAAAGAAUUCGAUUUCAAUUUUUAUUGUUUAUAUUAGCUAUGUAAUUAAAAACAACAACAACAACACACAUAAUACCCAGUUGUCCUAAAUUAUUUCUUGUAAAACAUAAUAAAUUAAUAAAUGUGUUUUUUGCCCUUCCAA